GUAUUUAGAAGUGCACCCAAAGAAAGUAACCUGAGCAACCGAUAUCUUCCCUGCAACUGUGUAAGCAAGGAUUUCUGACUGAAAACCUUCGAAGGCUUCUUUCCUUAUUUUCAACACACUUACAUAAAGGGUAACAAGGGAAGAUGAGUUUGGUAAAGAAAAUAUGAAAUCGAGAAUCAAUUGAGCCAAACGCAGACACAAAACACACGAUGACUACUUCAGCUCCUUCAAAGAAUUACGCAGAUGACGUCAGCCUCCUCGUCGUCACACUCGACACCAACCCUUUCUUCUGGUCUUCUUUCCCCUUUCACUUCUCCGAAUUCCUCUCUCAAGUUCUGGCGUUUCUCAAUUCAAUACUCCUCCUCGGCCAACUCAACCAAGUCGUAGUUAUCGCCACCGGAUGCAAUUCUUGUUCCUACGUUUACGAUUCCGCUUCUGAUAAGAAUCAUGCUUCCACCAACGGUACAAUGCCUGCCAUUUAUUCCAAUCUUCUUCAUAAUCUCGAUGAAUUCGUCGCUAAGGAUCAGCAAUUGACUACGCCUCAUCAUAAACCUGGAACCAUUCCUUCUUCACUCUUAUCUGGAGCAUUGUCCAUGGCACUUUGUUAUAUACAGAGAGCUUUUCGUUCAGGACCCAUGCAUCCUCAGCCUCGGAUUCUAUGUCUACAAGGAUCUACUGAUGGACCAGAACAGUAUGUGGCAAUCAUGAAUGCAAUAUUCUCUGCUCAGCGUUCUGUAGUUCCUGUAGAUUCUUGUUUUAUUGGUUCAAACAAUUCUGCAUUCCUUCAACAGGCUUCAUACAUAACUGGUGGCAUAUAUUACAGGCCUCCCCAAAUGGAAGGGCUUUUUCAAUAUCUUUCAACGGUGUUUGCAACUGAUUUGCAUUCUCGUGAAUUUUUAAGGCUUCCUAAAUCUCUGGGUGUGGAUUUUCGUGCUUCGUGCUUCUGCCAUAAGCAAACAAUUGACAUGGGCUAUGUAUGUUCAGUAUGCUUAUCCAUAUUCUGUGAGCAUCACGACAAGUGCUCAACCUGUAGCUCUGUAUUUGGCCAGACUCAAUCAGAAGCUGCCUCAGAGGAGAAUCGGAAAAGAAAGGCUUGUUAAUGUCUCCAGGCUCACAACAUUUAUUUUGUCGUGUCCAUCAAGAGAGCUUAUUUUUUAAGUUUCUCUUGAUAUCUUCUAUAUACGUAGCAUAAUGAAAUUUUGGCACCAAAUUGCGUUUGCCUCUGUCUUGGCGAGACUCAAGUUAAUUAUGGAGAUCAGCAUCUGUCAGGAACAUUAGCAACAACGGGCUCACCUCAUACUAAAGGCUUUAUACAUCUAGAAGACUAUGAUUUGCAUUAUGUUCAUGAAUUUUUGUUGACGAGCUAUCAUGAUCUUUUGUUGUGUACGUGGAAGUCUCAAACUAGUCUUUGUUUGAAGGUGUCCUGUGAUGGUUAACUGAAAACAUAGUAAAGAGAGUGGAUCGAUGAGUUUAUACGCAUAUGUCUUAUCUAUCUCCAAACCGGCUUGAUUUAUAUUCUUUAUACUUUGAAUGAUGAGUUUUUUUCUUCUUCUGAGAGGGUCCUAUACUUUGUACUUAACAAGACCCAGGGAAAUUAUUGCCAAUUAGUUUUCAAUCAUUAUUUUAUUGAGUUUUCGAUCAA